AUGGGAACCGUUGCAGCGAGUGUUCCUGGCGUUGACCCUCCCAGAAGCAGUAUCGAGGGAUGCGUACUCUUUUUACCUCGAUGGCUGCUUCCUCCUCAUGCCGACAACGAAGGUUUCGCAGCCUAUUUAUUGACUGAUACUAGCUUUGAUUGGGUGGCUGGUCGGCCGACCAACCUGGUCGACGAGGAGGAAGCAACUGGAAAAUACACCGUCGCAGAAAAGUUCGAGUCCGCACUCUUUGCUGCGGAAGAAACAGUCUCAAGAAACUAUGUCGCUCGUUUCAUGGUUGAAUUGGUGACGAAGAAGGAUACCUUUAGAAAAUACUUGCACAAGAUGCCAGUGGUUGUUGACAAUACUCAUGUCGGGUCUUAUUACCAUUCAACAAGAAACGCUAGAAACAAGAAAACGGUCAAGGAAAAGGAGUGCAAGGUGCCUUGCUAG